AUGGGUAGCUCUAAACCUGAGCUCACCUACCGGGGUGCUUACAUUCGUCCCAUCCUUCUUGUGUACACCGUCCUCAUGAUUCUUGGCAACUCCUACAACUGUGUCACCGAGCAGCAUCCACUCAUCAAAUACCACAGUUAUUCUAUUCUCUCCGUUCACAUUGUGGUAUUACUGGGUGUCAUUGUCAACACUCCGUUGGUCCUCCGAUGGGCCACUCUUGCUUUGAAGCUGUUCAUGCUUCUGUACAUCUGCAACUUCCUCGCUCUUCCUGUCAUCAUUGCCAGUUUCCGCUCGUCGGGAGCACUCAACCACGAGGGAACCUCUGAUUACUUCAUCGAAAAACUCCGUUGCUAUUUCAAGUACCGAGUGGUUGACCAGGAGCAAACCGAGAUGGAGAGGCAGUUUGACAUACAUACCAAAAAACAAAUCCUGCAUGUCUUCGGGGACAACGACACCAGACUAGAAGUGGAGGCAAUGUUCAAGGACCCCACCGACCGGAAGUACCUCAUGAAAGUAGCUGAUAGUGAGGAAUUCAAGAAAAUGGUGGAGCAAGGACUUCGCCCGGACAACUUCUUGUCGAGAGUCAUCUUCAAUAAGAUAACCGGAGACAUCUGCAGAAAAGAAUUGAUUCGUGCUGGCAUCUGGUCAGGAUAUGGGAUCGAGUUGGCUUGCCUUCUAACAAUCGGAUUGAUCUACAUCCUGCACUUCAUUAUCAAACGCCUUUGGCUCCACUCGCUCGACACUAACCACAUGCGUCAAGAAUUCGAGUACUAUUAA